AUGUCGAUGAUUGAGCAGCUGAAAAAUGAGCUGUCUACAAGAAAAGAAAAUCUCUCUACUUCCAUACCGGCAUCUGCCAAAGCGGCUUCUCGCAAUAGGACUAAAAAACGCCUCCCGUUAUCCGACAACACCAAGAGUCAAGCAGCAAAAAGGAAUCGGCUGAGUGGUGCCGCUUCUCAGAUUCAAACUUACUCGAGGCAAGACGCCGCUAAUAAUGCCGACAGGAAACGUGAAACUGAAAAUCAGCCUUCUUCCCAGCUUGAGAAGCCGACACGCAAAAAGAGACGAACAAAGAAGCAAAUUGAAAAUGAUCCAGGAAGCGAGAAUGGUAGGAGAAGUGAGGAACCGCAAAUGCUGUCGCCUAAGGAAGCGAAUAGCAGAAGAACGAAAAUGCAGAAAGUCAUCAAUGAGGUGAUAACUAAUGUUUUUUUUGUUUUUCGCCACUAUGGAGGUCACACAUGA